UGUUGUAGUGCCUUUUCUCUGUUGACAUGUUUCUCUAGCUAGCUAACUUUGAGAGCUGAACAUUUAGCGAGAAAAUAUGAGUAUAAUAAAGGUUUUUGAUCAGUAUUUGUGCAAGGGUCUCGAAAAAGUUCCAGUUUUACGAGAGGGCAAUGUCAGCAAAGAAGAAUAUUCUGAAUUUCAGUAUUCUCCAGAGAACAUCCAGGGGCCAGGAUGUGACAUAGACCCCAGUGAGGUGACUCUUCCUGGAUGCUCCUGCCACGCCCACUCCUGCCUUACAGAGAGCUGCUCCUGCCUGCAGACAUACGGACAGACAUGCAGACAAACGUACGACAGCCACGGCCGACUCCAAGACCAGGUGGAUACAGAGACUGGUUACUGCAGGCCUGUGUUUGAGUGUAACGCCUUGUGUGGCUGUAGUGAGGCCUGCUGUAACCGGGUGGUCCAGAGAGGCCUGGGGCUCAAGUUGUGUGUCUACCCCACAGAGGACAGGGGCUGGGGGAUGCGGGCYCUGGAGCCCAUCCCCUGUGGAACCUUUGUGUGUGAGUAUGCCGGGGAGGUGAUCGGCUUUGAGGAGGCCAGACGCAGACAGCUUGCUCAGGGGCUUGAGGACAACAACUACAUCAUUGCUGUGCGGGAGUAUGCUGGUCAGGGCCAGGUCAGUGAGACCUUUGUGGACCCAACUGUGGUUGGGAAUGUGGGGCGUUUUCUGAACCACUCCUGCCAACCCAACCUGUUCAUGGUGCCUGUCCGGGUGCACUCCCUGGUGCCCAGGCUGGCCCUGUUCGCUGGCAGGGACAUCACCCCUCAGGAGGAGCUCACAUUUGACUACUCAGGGGGCUAUAGCAAUAUGUCCUCUGUGGAGAGGUUGGUCCAGAGUGACCCUGGGACAGAGGCCAGUGAGACAGGUACCCUCCAGAGGAAACCAUGCCACUGUGGUGCCCAGAACUGUUCCCAAUUUCUGCCACUGGAUUUAUCUGUUCUCAACAAUUAGAUUAGAGGGAUGCAUUUAUUUGGUAAAUGUUUAUAAAUUGAUAUUUUGAUAUUUGAAGUGAUCAUGUUGUACUGGAAAGGAGAGACACUGCACUGAACCCUUUUUUUUGUCAUUUCUGUUGAAUACAACUCUCUCAUUCUAAUGUAUGUUUAUUUUAUUAAAUGUCAGUCCAUGUGUCUUUGCACCCGUGUGACAGUUCUGUGCGAACAGCAUCAUCCAUCAUUUUAGAUUGGUUUGUAUGACAUCCGUGGCAUCACUAACCCAGGCUUCUGGGGUAUUCAUCCUAUGCUUACCAGUGUGGCAUCCAUCUGGAUUAAAGGGGAAAUCUGGGAUUGGUGCAUCCAUCUAGAUUAAAGGGGAAAUCUAGGAUUGGUGCAUCCAUUUUGAAUUCAUACUGUCAUUGAUUAUAAAGGGCUCAUGAGCUUAGUUCAACUGUCUUAACCCAUCAGAACCCAAGCUAUAAGCCUGUUUUACUAGUUUUUUUGUAAACAAUGUAAUUCUAAACAAACACUGUAUAGUUUCAAAACAUGGUUAAAAUGUAAUUGAUGGUCAGUAGCUCUCUAUCAAUUUUAGAGUGGAUACAUUUCUCCAGCCCCAACUCUCAGCUGUUUACCAUAGCAAGUGCCAGGGUGCCAUUUAUGAUGACCCACUUUUCUGUCACGACUGCCCACUAUCUCACUGUCCCCACCCUCUUUCUGUUGGAUGGCAUCGCUGAUCUGAUAUAAAGAUACAGCAUUUCUAUCACAAAGUAUAAACUUCAUCUGUGUUGUGCAGACCAGCUAAAAGCUCUCUCUGUCAGAGAGUACUUGUGCUAUGUGGGGCACGUCCCACCAGACCUAGCUAUCAAAACACUUCAGUCCACAAGUGGCCUAUAUAUAAYCCCUCGCCCCAUAUCUCACUGACAGCAGAUUCAUCUAGCAGGUCUUUAUAUUAACUAUGCKCUGACUGAUAUUGACUACAGCAAAAGAGGGGUCUGGCUUUGUAGGGUUUUGUAUACUUAUAAGAAUCAUAUGUGCUCAUCUGCUCAUAGAUUGGCACAACAAUGUUGUAUGCAAAGCCAUUUCUCUCUCAAAAGACAUCCAUUUAACCGUAAAAGAUAUAGAGCAUACACGUUGGUGGUAUCUUGUCUCCAUCCCUCAACUUUACAAAUAUCUCUGUGGUCUUUCAACACAGUGUCCUCCUGAAGGUAUCUUCAGCUCUUCAUAGGAGCCAAGAAUCUCCAGAGGUGUGAGCAAUUAAGAAGGGCCGGAGGGUAUUUUAAUAUAGUAACAGGUCUUAUUCCCCUGCCACGGGAGGGGCCAAGGUGUCCUGCUUUACUGGGACCAUUCUUAAAUCAGGCCCCUCCUCUCAAACUGCCCCACUUUCAGUCUAGACCCGCUUUCAUCCCAGCUGCUUAUUAAUAUCCACAUCUAGGUUAAUUAGCACAGAGACCGUGGUGUGUUCCAUCCAGAAAUAAGACCAGCACUCCAGUCACGUUGGGGGACGGAGGAGAGCAGUGUGGCUCAACCACUGGGUGGACUCAUUUUACUUCACCCAGGACAAAGGGUUGGCGGAAUUGUCACAUUUUAGACCAUCCUAUUGGUCCUAAAGUAAAUKUUUGUCCAGCUGGGGCACCAUACGAGCUGAAAUGAAUGCACCCAUCCUCUCUAACAUGGUUUGGAGAUGGAAGGCCUAAGCCAAUCAGAGUUAACCAUCAGGUGGAUUUGUUUUUCUUUGUUAGAGAGAGAGAUUAACUUUAAUGCAUCAACCUACAUUUUUUUCUCAGCUAACGUAUGAGGGUUCCCUUUGCUCUAUUUGUUUAGUUAUGUUUGGUUAAGGUCCAAAUUUUCCAUGGCAACCCUUCUGCUGUCAUCCCACUCCUAUCACAGGUGGCACAGCAUAUCACAGAAACACCUUUGACCAGUGACAUUUUGCUUUAAUCAAGGUAGCGGUCUGGUUGGUAUGUGUCAGCAGGUAACAGCUAUUUUGGACAGGUGAUUGGACACCAAGGUUUAUUUAUUUAUUAAGUUUAUUUGAGAUGGACAAUGUACAACAAAACAUACGUUUCAGCGUAUGAGAAGUGAUGUGUUGCACCAGAUUUAACUGACAGCUAAUUUACAUCUGCAGUCACCGGUUGUAGGCAUGGUGCAGGCAGGCAGUGUUCCACACAAACUGUUCAGGACUGGAGCUGGAACUCAGUGCCUCAUUCCCAGGACAGUCACCUAGCAACCAGCAGUUAACCACAUGAUAUGAACUUCCUCCUGGUGAUUACAGUCACACUAGUCACAACACUUAAGAGGGACAGACAUUUAUUGUAGACUACAGUAAGGUUAUACCCAGCUAGCACAUUUGGUUCCUUGGAAGUUGUGGYAAUGUACGUUUUUGUUUCCCCAUUUGUUCUGGUUACGAAGCCAUACGUUUCCUGACCUUUAAACGGAACGUUUUCUAAAUUUCGCCUGUUCUGGGAACGUUAAUUGUUAGGUUGCAGGGAGGUUCUGUGAACGUUUUGCUAUMGUUCCCUGAAAGUUUUCCUGGGAGGCUUUGUUAAGGUUCUGAGAGCUAAUUAAAUUACGUUCUUUGAAAAUGUUUCAAUAAGAAUUUUAUUAACACUGCUAGCUUAGGUUAACUGUUUUGAACUCAAGCACAGAGAGGACACAUGGGAAUUCAUUUGUUUAGUCAUUAAUCAUGCAAACAGAUCAAAUGUUUUAUUGUUCUAUGACAUCAGUGAGAUUCAAACCUAUGGUCUUCUACUCUCUAUCCAGGGAAUUAGUCCACUGCGCUACCAGGAUGGAGCUAGUGUGCCAUGUUUUUUUCAACUCAUACAAAACUGUUCAUUUUAGUCUAUUCAAACGGACUCGAUUUCAAAGAAAACAAGCACCCAUUAAGAUCACACCUGAACACACUUAACGAGAUAGAGGAUAGAGGGCGUUUUGUUGAUGCUGAGAA